UCUUCACCUACCACGCCCACUACGCCUCAAUCGCCAUUCUAUUCUCAGCUAAUGUCUUUACAACCCCCGUCUUCACAACCUGCGAAGAUGAGUACCAACACCUUUGUUCAUAAGCUUUACAAGUAUGGUUUCCAUAAAGUCAAUAAGUCACCUCGUGGCCAUCGUACUCUGGCUGAAAAUCAAAUAUGGGAAUUCUCUCAUGCAAAGUUUUUACGUGGACGUCCUGAUUUGUUAGACGAUAUCAAACGUAAAGCCAUGGAGUCAGAGACUUUGAGGCGAGAGACGGGCGAUCUACAUGCUCAUAUUGCAAUGAUGCAGGUUGCGCAAAAUGAAUUGCUACAACAAAUUAGACAAUUACAAGAAAACUUUGCGGAAGUAAUGAGAGAUUUAACCGAGACGAAGAAAAAGCAGACAAUCCAAAAUGUUUGGAUGAAAAAGAUGUUUGAAUACAUAUCACAACAAGGAUACUCCUCAUCACUUCCAUUUGAAUUGAAUUUGGAUAAUUUUGAAAGUAAACCAGAACCCGAACGUCCGCCGAUAUACGUCACCUCGGCGGAAAAUAAUAAUGUAAAUUACCUGAUUAAUAUGUCUCACAACAAUAUUCCGUCACGUCCAUCGACACCGUUGACAGUAGACACAAGUGUAGCCAGCUCGCCCAGUCAAGCUGGUUCACAUGGUCAAAGUCCAAAUCGUGUCAUGAACAUUCAACUCCCCUCUGGGAGUACUUUUUUAGAUAAUACCAUAUUGUCAAGUGCUCCUCUGUCUCCUAACUCCUUUAAUUCCUUUACCGCGGCUAUAAACACUCCUUUGCCACCUAGUCCGUCGCCAGGUUCACCGAUGGCUCACUUUUCCGACGAAGAGAUGGAUGGUGCAUUCUAUUGCGCAAGUCCAGGUGGUAGUAACAUCGGAUCGGAUCUUGAAUAUAUGUAG